GAAUAAUAUGUAUUAUUGUUGAACGCAUAAAGCAAUUCUAUACUUCAAACUUUAAUUUAACUUAAAAUAUGUAUCGAACUUGUAAUGACGAAGAUGAAUUCGAACCAAGAAUUACCCCAAAGCCUGCUGCUAAGCUGGAUUGCUUUACAGUACCAUCAGUUCCUGAGGUUUCUUUAGUAUUUGAUAAACCCUUAAAUCGUAGGACUACAGAUUACAAGGGUUUUCAUUCACCACCUGUUGAACCAAAAGGUUUAAUGCAUAAGAAUGUUUCAUCACCUUUAAGUAGCAAUGGAUCAUAUGCAGCAUGGAAGGAACAGAAUUAUUCAAGGAGACCACCAAUUUCUAAGAUUAAUGAUCAUGCUACUCCUCAGAAAAUGCAUUGUAAUCAAAGUUAUACUUCAGAACCUUAUCACCCACAGGAUGUUUCAAAAGAAUCUAAAGGGAGAAAUUAUAUUUUGAAGAAAGACUGUUAUAUGAGUCCAAAGUAUAAAGUACAAACACAUAGGAGAAAUGAUGAUAAAUCAUGCAUGCAUUCCUAUGAAAUGUGCAAAGAUAAUGCACCAUACACAGAAGAAUAUCAGAAUAUGAAAACUCAGUCUAGUAACACAAUGAGACAAAUUGACCCUGUUUCUGCUGUGCCACAUGGUGUUAAAGCAUGCAUAAAUAUUGAUAAUUAUGAUGUCAAUGAGAAGGAAUAUUCUCCAUUAUUGUAUGAAAGGAAAUUAGUAACUCAUAAUUCUGAACAACAAAAAGUACAAUUUAAUGAUUCAGUUGAUGGACCAACUGUACAAAAUUUAACUAUUAAUCCAAAUACUUUGAAGAGAAAUGACAUUCAGUUACCACAUUACUUAGGACAUCAGUAUCCUUGCUUUAAUAGAAAUGCAUAUACUUUUCCACAACUUCAUCCAUGUUCUACUCACAACACAGAUAGUCAAGAAACUGUCAAGAAUUUAUUACAAAUUAUAAAUAGUCAAAAUGAGCAAAUUAAAUCUUUGCAGACACAAGUUGAUAGAUUAUUGAAAAUGCAAGAAGAAAAUUUUAAGGAAAGGAAAAAUUAUUUUUGUUCAUCUCAAUUACAGCAACAGAGUGAUCAGUUGUUUGUACAUUCUAAUGACAAUUCUGUAAGUGCUUCCAAUUACAUUGAAGCACCACAGAAUGUAAAGAAACAUGCAUAUCAAUGUGAACCAUCUAAAGAUAAAGAAAAAGAAAAUUGUAAUGAGAGUGAAAGCGUAAACCAGGCUGAAUUAAUAUUAACAGAAGCACAAUCAAGAAAGACUUUUAUGGAACAAAAAGUUUCCAUUGGAGUAAUGACAAGCUUUGAAUUCACUGUACAAAAUAGUCCUUUUACAGUGGACAUUGAUGAUUAUGAGAGAAAAGAUAGCCAACAAGAAAAAGCUAAUUUAAAAAUGUGCAACAAUGUUGGUCUCCAUGAUGGUAGUGAAUCUUUGAGAAGAUAUAAAAAUUCCUUUACUAGAAUGCCUAGUGCACAAUUGGAAAACAUAGUUGAGGACUCUGAGAGUUAUAUGUCAUCUAGUCAACAACAAAGUAGUAAUUUAAAUGCAAGUGUUUCCUUGAAAGAUUUAGAAAAACAACCUCAUAUAGAUAUUCGAAAGGAAACGGAUAUUCGUAGAUCUAUGUCUCCCAAAUUAUGCAAAGACACAAUUACAAAAUCAAAUCAGACCGAGGCUGUGCAAAAGUAUUUAGAAAAAAUUAAUACAAAAGGAACGAGUUACGAAAUUGUAAAAACACCAUUGAUACGAAAAAACUCUCCAGAAUACAGCAAUCUUGGAAAUAGCAAUCAUGUUCUUGGAAAAACAAAUAUUCCUACUAAUAUAGAUCAAUGUACAAAGUUAAAUAUGCAAAAAAUUAAUGGUUCUGUAAAAACUAAUAAUUCUGUAAAUAGCUCAACUGAUUAUUAUAAGGAUUAUCGAAAAGAAGGGCAGACUAAUGUCGCUAAACGAGCGAGUUGCAUCGAAGACAGUAUGAUUUUAAAUGGUGGUGAUUUAAGAAUAAAUGAAAGGCCACCCCCUACUCCAGAACCCAGUAUUCAUGUUGAAAUGCAGGAGUAUUCUAGUGAUGAUGAUAGUGAGAAAGUUAAACGUAGUUCCAAAGUGGGUUGGACUUUUUAUAAUAAUGUUCUUGGACAAGUAAAUCAGUUAUUACAAAAUUCUAGCGUUAUAGACGAUCAGCAACAAGAUCAAAAGAAAGUAAAUCAGAAUGAAAAAGAUGAGAGUGAAAAUAGAGUACUAGAUACUGUGAAAGUUGCUACAUUAGAACAACUUAAGAAACUUGGGAUUAGUUUAAGCGAAAAUCCAGAACACAAAGAAGUAAACAAUAGCAAUAAGAUGGCAUUUGACUUAUCAUUCUACCCACGUUUGGAUUAUCAAGCAAAUAUGACACACACAAGUGCUGUAAACGAAACAAAUACAAGUAUGCAUAUGAAGGCAUUAGCUUUAAAGUAUUUGUCCGAUGAACAACUUGCUGAAUUAGCGGUACAAAGGCAGGGUUCAGCAUCUGUAAAACAUCUUAUGGUCAGCAAUGUACAAGGCACAAACAUGUCUUUUGCUACAAUGCGUUAUUUAGAAAGAUAUCAAUUACUUCCAGGAAAGAAUACUGUUCAAACAGAAGAUAAUAGCAAAGUUCACGUUGAAGCGUCUCCGAAGGUUGAUUUGAAAUUUGCUAAUUCAAAAAAUAGUCCCGCAACACAACGUUAUCCAUUUAGUCAAACACCUAGAACGACUUGUCCUAGUAAGAUUCUAGAUAUUUCAACUUUAAAGCAACAACCCAAACUGCUAUAACAAUCGGUGUUCAUCACAUACACUACACAGAAUCAUUCAUCUGUCUUUAUAAAUAUUCAAC